AUGGCCAGGGGACGAGCCGGGGGGCGAGAGUGGUCCUGUACUCCGCACGACGUCACGGCGCAGACCCCGCCCCGUCGCCGAGAGCCGCUGGGCACGGAGAAGGUAAAACAGCCCCCAGCGCACGUUGAGCCGGUCUCCACAAUGCUGCUGCUGCUGCGCAGAGCUGUGGCCCCAGGGCUCCGACAGGCCUGCAGACUCAAGUCAACCCCGGCAAGGCUCUGCAUUCGGGCCUGCUGUACAAAUGAUCCAUUUCGGCCCCAGCGCUCCAGCUUCGCCUUCUCUGGUGGUGGCUCCAGCACCAGGGGAUGGAAAGUCAUGGGGACGCUGCUAGGCCUCGGGGCGGCGUUGGCCUGUCAUGACCAGCAGUGCAGGGCUUCUCAAGAGCCACCACGCAGAUACACAAGGGAGGAAGUGAAAGCCCACAGCAGCCCUGAGACUGGGGUCUGGGUGACUUUAGGCUGUGAGGUCUUUGAUAUCACAGAAUUUGUGGACAUACAUCCAGGGGGGGCGUCAAAGCUGAUGCUAGCAGCCGGGGGUCCUUUAGAGCCCUUCUGGGCCCUCUAUGCUGUUCACAACCAGCCCCACGUGCGAGAGAUGCUAGCUGAGUACAAGAUUGGGGAGCUGAGCCCUGAUGACAAGGCACCCUCCAUCCUGAAGACCUCUGAUCCUUAUGCGGACGAUCCUACACGCCACUCAGCUCUGAAGGUCAACACCCAGCGCCCCUUUAAUGCGGAGCCGCCCCCCGAGCUGCUGACAGAAAGCUACAUCACACCCAACCCUAUCUUCUUCACCCGGAAUCAUUUGCCUGUACCUAACGUGGACCCAGACACCUAUCGCCUGAAUGUGGCAGGCCCACCCGGGGGUCAGGCCCUGUGCCUGUCCCUGGAUGACUUGUACCAGUUCCCCAGGCACGAGGUCACUGUCACCCUGCAGUGUGCUGGCAACCGGCGCUCCGAGAUGUCUCAGUUCAAAGAAGUAAGAGGUCUGGAGUGGAGUUUAGGGGCCAUUAGCACUGCGCGCUGGGCUGGUGCACGGCUUUGUGAUGUGUUAGCCCAGGCUGGUCACCAGCUCUGUGAAACUGAGGCCCAUGUCUGCUUUGAGGGCCUGGAUUCAGACCCCACAGGGACUCCCUAUGGAGCAUCCAUUCCUCUGGCUCGGGCCAUGGACCCUGAAGCUGAGGUCCUGCUGGCAUAUGAGAUGAAUGGGCAGCCUCUGCCUCGUGACCACGGCUUUCCUGUGCGAGUGGUGGUUCCCGGUGUGGUGGGUGCCCGCCAUGUCAAAUGGCUGGGCAAAGUGAGUGUGGAGCCAGAAGAGAGUUUCAGCCACUGGCAGCGGCGGGAUUACAAAGGCUUUUGUCCGUCUGUGGACUGGGACACUGUAGACUUUGAUUCAGCUCCAUCGAUCCAAGAACUUCCUGUGCAGUCAGCCAUCACACAGCCCAAAGAAGGGGAGACGAUAGAGGCAGGGGAGGUGACUGUCAGAGGCUACGCAUGGAGUGGAGGAGGAAGAGCUGUGGUCAGGGUGGAUGUGUCUCUGGAUGGGGGCCUAACCUGGCAAGUGGCUGAGCUGGAAGGAGAGGAGCAGCGUGCCCGAAAGGCCUGGGCCUGGCGGCUAUGGCACCUGCAAGCCCCUCUGCCAGCUGGGAAAAAGGAACUGAACAUUGUUUGUAAGGCUGUAGAUGACAGCUACAAUGUGCAGCCAGACACGGUGGCCCCAAUCUGGAACCUGCGAGGUGUGCUCAACAACGCCUGGCACCGCGUCCAUGUCCAUGUCACCCCAUGA